AUGGACAAUGAGCAGCCAAAUGAGCAAACGGCAGUUCCGCAAUGUCACCUCUGGAGGAUGCCGCAGGAAAUUAUUGAUAUGAUCGUCGAUAUGGCCUACGCUCACAAGUCCGGAGACUGCAUCAAGACCAUCCGCGCCUGGAACGACGAGGAGAUUCGGCGCAAGAAGCUCGGUGGGCACACGUAUCAGAUUCGGCCUUUCAAGCCCAAGGUCGAUGAUUUCCUGGUCUCCAAGGCCUUUUUUGCACUUUCCGCAAAAGCGUGGUUCAGCGUGCAGACGUGGGAGGAUGGACCUACGCAUAAGUCAUCUUUCUUCAGGUCAAGGCUAUUCUACGAGUAUGGAACCUACGUGGAGCGCCCAGCAGAUUCGAGACUGGAGGGGGUAGUCACAUGCCCGAGACUUCAUACGGCGCACAUCGGCAUGACGACAGACAAUUUCGAUGAGCUGAUUCUGCAGGAAGGCCUACCUGCGAGUGAACAGAAACUACCGUGGAUCGACAAGCUCGAGGCCGCGGACUUUGAGAAACUGAAGGUCACCGCUGCUCUGAAGAAAGCAAGUGGACUGCGGGAAUUCUCUCUGCGACCCGUGGGAUAUGGCUACACUAAGAGUGACGAGGACCGACAGAUAUGGAAAGACAAUGUGCAUGCUCUGGAAGAAUACGUGCGUCCCAUUGUCACUGGCCCGAAGAAGCUGGCUGAUGAGGAGUAUCCGAAAGACUGUCCACGUCCGCUCUAUGCUGGAUCGAGAGUCUGCUGGGACACAUCAGAUAUGCUCCCCGAGGACUUUUGGAAGGAGAGGUCAAGGGCUGGAGGGCCGUUCCAGGUAAUAGCCAGGUACAAGAAUCUGGAAGACAGGGAGGUAAAAGCGAAGGAGCUGAGCGGUAUCUACCUGGAACGCAUGUUGAAGCUUGGUGUUGAUGCGGACGAGAUGCUGCGCUUGGCGAUCGAGCUGAAGAAUAAGGAGCAGCAUGAGAAGGAAGAGGAGGAGCAGUGCGUAGAGAAGAGUAUGGUCGGCGCGAUCAACGAGCAGUGCAGCUCCGCAAUUCACGAUCCCACGAUAUCGGACAACACAUCGGUGCCCAGUGCUUCGCAAAUCGAGACAUCGAGUGCCACGGAACAGUCAUGCGAUCAACUGUCUACAACUACGAUCUCCACUACGGGUCACCGAGGAGCAGAUGAAACAAGGGAAGAGUAUAGUGCCGACGACAAGAGGGAUUGUGGAGACCCCUCUGAGAAUCCCUCUAGCAACGAAACGCUGGGCUAG